CCCUCCUCCUAUCAAGCUCAAACCUUCAAACUUAUCUUCACGCCAUAUUUUUAGCACACACUAGUAACACAGUUAGUAUACACUUAAGUGUUAUAGGUUUAUAAAUAGUCCCACAUAGGAGUAAUGAGUCUGUUACUGCUGAAAUACGCCAAUAACGAUGACUUCUAUGGGAGGAAGUCAACCGAUUCUUUGCAGGCUGGAGGCAUUACGUAAGCAAAACUGACGGCCAGCACAACAGAUUUACCCAUCUAAUUAAGCCCCGUUCCACUAAAAACCAUGCUGUCGAAUAAGGUAACUAUAGACCUCCUGCGACAGAAUUCAGUGUGGACCUAAAAUGAGGGAACAGAUAACUAAAAUUCCAUUACCCUAUGCUCUCUCAACUGUGUUAUGUUAUCUUCCAGGUUUUGACCUGUCAGAAUGAAGUUCCUGUUUCAUUUGCUUGCCUUUGCCCUCAUCAUAACCUCCACAUUUUGUGGAGUCAAGGACUUCACUGAGCAUUUUGAAAGCCUUAAAGAUGCAAAGCCACAUGAAAAUGGGACCUAUGAUAUGCCAAACUUACCUCCUGAGUUCCACAGAGAAAACACUAUCACUAAUGACUUGAUUCCUGAAGAGGAGGAGGAAGAGGACUACCUAGAUCUUGACAAGCUACUGGGUGAAGACGACUACAGUGACAUUAUCGAUGCUGCCCCAUACAUGGUUUCUGAAAUUCAGCAAGGAAAUAUUCUUGAACUAUUCCAAGGCAAAACGAGAAUCCAGCGCCUUGAUAUCCUCAAUGCAAACUUUGGCUUCAACCUUUACCGCAGCGUGGCAGACAAAGCCAACUCUUCAGAUAACAUUCUCAUGGCUCCUGUUGGCAUUUCCACUGCAAUGGCGAUGAUUUCUCUGGGUCUGAAGGGUCAGACUCAUCAGGAAGUGUUAUCUGUUCUUGGCUUUCAAGACUUCAUUAACGCCAGCACCAAAUAUGAGCUAAUGACUGUUCAUAAUCUCUUCCGCAAACUCACUCAUCGGCUAUUCAGGCGCAAUUUUGGUUAUACGCUGAGGUCCGUCAAUGACCUUUAUAUUCAGAAGGACUUUUCUAUUCUGAAUGAUUUCAGAAACAAUAUGAAAACAUACUACUUUGCUGAUGCCCAACCAGCUGAUUUUUCAGAUCCUAACUUUAUAUCUAAAACCAAUGAACGCAUACUGAAGCUGACCAAAGGAUUAAUAAAGGAAGCUCUUGUGAAUGUAAACCCUACAACACUGAUGAUGAUUCUCAACUGUCUUUACUUUAAAGGAACUUGGGAGAACAAGUUUCCAGUGGAAAUGACAACAAAGAGAAGUUUCCGACUGAAUGAGAAGCAAACAAUAAAGGUUCCUAUGAUGCAGACUAAAGGGAACUUCUUAGCUGCUGCGGACCCCGAGCUAGACUGCGGAGUGAUCCAGCUCCCGUUUGUGGGGAACAUCAGUAUGCUGAUUGUACUUCCACACAAACUCUCUGGCAUGAAAGCCCUAGAGAAGCAGAUAACGCCUCAAGUGGUGGAAAAGUGGCAGAAGAGCAUGACAAACAGAACAAGAGAAGUGGUUCUGCCUAAAUUUAAGCUGGAGAAGAGUUAUAACUUGAUUGGUUAUCUGAGAUCCAUGGGAAUAGUAGAACUGUUCAAUGAAAAAGGCAACUACUCCGGUAUAUCAGAUGAGAAAGUCACCAUCGACAGGUUCAAUCAUCAAGGGACAAUAACUGUGAAUGAGGAAGGCACAGAGGCUGGAGCAACAACCAACGUGGGGUUCAUGCCUCUUUCUACUCAGAUUCGCUUUAUUGUCGACCGCCCCUUUUUGUUUCUGAUCUAUGAACAUCGUACCAGUUGCCUUCUGUUCAUGGGCAGAGUUGUCAACCCAGCCAAGUCUUAAAA